AUGGCGUCAUCUUACGUCACCUUCUCAAUGGCCACUCCGGCGGUCAGCGGCAGCAACAGUAUUGCCACCGUCCGAGGAUUCGCUAAGUUAGCCUUCACGCCCCGCCGUGUUACUCCAUCACGGAAUUCUCGGACAGCUUCGGUUGUGGCGAAGAUGUCGACGGAGAAGACGUCGAAGAAUGCUAUGGAGUACAGGAAAUUAGGGGACUCCGACCUCAAUAUCAGCGAAAUUACUAUGGGAACUAUGACAUUUGGGGAGCAAAAUACUGAGAAAGAAUCUCAUGAGAUGCUGAGUUAUGCAAUUGAACAUGGCAUCAACUGCAUUGACACUGCUGAAGCCUACCCCGUCCCGAUGAAGAAGGAGACCCAAGGUAAAACUGAUCUUUAUAUCAGUAGCUGGUUGAAAUCUCAGAGCCGUGACAAGAUUGUUUUGGCAACUAAACUAAGCGGGUACUCAGAAAGAACAGCGUACUUGCGGGACAAUGCCGAGGUCACGCGUGUAGAUGCAGCUAAUAUCAAAGAAAGUGUUGAAAAAAGUCUCAAGCGCCUUGGCACUGACUACAUUGAUUUGCUUCAAAUACACUGGCCAGAUCGGUAUGUACCACUCUUUGGUGAUACCUACUAUGAUCCGUCUAGAUGGAGAACUAGUGUGCCAUUUGUUGAGCAGCUAAGAGCCUUCCAGGAUCUCAUAGAUGAAGGAAAGGUUCGCUACAUCGGUGUCUCAAAUGAAACUUCAUAUGGAGUGAUGGAGUUUGUUCACACAGCAAAACUUGAAGGACUACCAAAGAUUGUGAGCAUCCAGAAUGGUUACAGCUUGCUAGCUCGAUCCCGUUUUGAAGUUGAUCUGGUAGAAGUAUGCCACCCAAAAAAUUGCAAUGUUGGCUUGCUUGCUUAUUCUCCUCUUGGAGGCGGCUCGUUGUCUGGAAAAUACUUGGUUACGGACCCAGAAGCUACAAAAAAUGCAAGGCUGAAUCUUUUCCCUGGUUUCAUGGAACGAUACAUGGGAUCCCUAGCCAAGGAAGCAACGAUACAAUACAUUGAGGUGGCGAAGAAGCACGGUUUAACUCCGGUAGAGUUAGCUCUCGGGUUUGUACGUGACCGGCCCUUUGUGACGAGCACGAUCAUCGGUUCCACGUCGUUGGAACAGCUUAAAGAAGACAUUGAUGCUUUUCUGAUGACAGAGCGGCCGUUUUCGCCGGAAGUUAUGGCGGAUAUUGAAGCCGUUUUCAGAAGAUACAAAGAUCCUUCUUUCUUUUGA